UCUCACUCUCCAUUUAGUAAAGCCACCACAUGGAUGAGCCACCUAGUGAUGGCACAUCGGAGAACCGACGUAAGGGUCCUGGAAAGCGUGCUACCGGAGCCGUGGAGCCACUGGCCUCGGCAAUACUGCCGGCUUCCACGGCUCCUUGUGGUGCAUGCAAGUUCUUGAGAAGAAAAUGCAUCAGUGGAUGCAUUUUUGCACCCCAUUAUGGCUCCGACCAAGGCGCAGCUCGGUUCGCGGCCGUGCACAAGGUGUUCGGAGCAAGUAAUGUGUCUAAGCUCUUGUUGCAUAUUCCGGCUAACCGGCGGCAUGAUGCGGUAGUUACUAUAACUUAUGAAGCUCAGGCUAGACUCUCGGAUCCUGUUUAUGGUUGUGUUUCGACCAUUCUUGCUUUGCAACAACAGGUGGCAUCUUUACAAGCAGAGCUAGCAGUAGUGCAGACACAACUAAUAAACAACAGAUAUGCAAUGGAAAAUGCUUUACAAACUUCACAACAACAACAUCAUCUUCAGCAACAACUCCACCAAGAACAUCACAUUGCAAUUCUACAGCCAACUUACUCAGACAACUCUUCUGUUUCAAACAACAACCUCAUCAACAACAUUAACAGUGCCAACACUUUCAAUUCCACUGCUUUUGAUCAACUGCCUGAUGAUACCUGUGCUACAACUGUCCCUAAUAAUAACUCUCCAAGUUUUGAUCCCGUUCAUCAAGAGGAUGAGGAGGAGGAAGAGAGUCAUCCUAUUGCUUUUACUAAUCAAAUGUUUCAUUGAAUGAAACGCGUUCGAAAAAAAAAGAAAAAAGAAACACCAACACACACACAACGCUUUAAAAAUCUUGUUAACAUUUUACCAAUAAUUGAAAUGUUUUACCAUGUCGAUAGAAAGUUACCUACAUAUGCUAUAUAUUAUAGUAAGGAUUUACAUUGUUGAAUUUCAUUUUGAGCUUUGUGUUGUUUUACCACGAAAAUAAUGAAGGGUGAAAAGUGAGAAGCAUAUUUCAUGCUCAUCUUCAAACAAAAGAUUAAGGGGAGCCUUAGCUUGGAGCAACGAUCAAGUUAUCUCCGUGUGACUUAUAGGUCAUGGGUUCGAAGCGUGAAAGACUACCUACAUCACAUCUUGG